AUAUAAGCCCCACCCAGCCAGCCCCUAGGGCGGGCGAGCUGCAGAGGAGCGCGCGCCUCGGCUUAGCUGCCCUGGCCAGCUCCUCCGAAGAGCGGGGUGCCCACGCAGGAGUUCCGCACCUGGGUGUCUCUUCAGGGAUGACGUGGUGGACUCGCCCCCGUCCUCAAGGACCCCUCCCCUGGAUGCCAAGCUGCUGCCAGAUACCUGCUGCCCACCUUGUCCUCACGGUACCUCAGCCCCCACCUCUCGGGUCUUGUAUGCAACAUGGUCCUUGUUUGGAUAUGGGGCCAAAAGCAUGGUUUCCUGGACCCCUCCAGCCUUCCAAGCAGCCACCAGCAGACCCCCAGGACCCACCCCUGGAAGGACAGCAGGAAGCUGCCUAGAACUGGCCAACAGCUGUCCCUCAGGCUGAAGACUUAAACCAGGGCCCUAGUGAGGGGGCUCUGGGCCUUUCCCUCCGACCUGCACCCUGCCUAUCGCUUGACUUGUGCCUCCUGUCCUGUGUGUCUCUGCUUGUGUUCGCCUGCCAGGCAACUGGUGCUUCCCUCCCCCAGGGGUGUCAGUCUUCCCUGACUGGCUGUGACAUCACACACCUUCCAGGUGGAGGGGUCCCUUUGGGAAUGUCUCAGGAGGGGGACCUGGGCCAAGGGCAACUCCAGGGCCCUGGGCAGGCUUCUGGAAUGAGCAUGCGACUAACUGCCAAUGGCAGGCCCACUUCUCCCAGGACCCCUCCUGCCCUUUCUCGGGGAGUAGGGAUGCCGGGCAACCUCCUAGGUGGUUGUGAGAAUUAAAUGAGCUAAAGCAGCCCAGGUCGAGGCGGGCAUAGAGGAGGCAGUCAGCAAAUGUUUGUUGAAUAGUCUGCCAGCUUUGUCCUGUCCCAUCUGGCUCUGUGUUAUUUGUCUUAUUUAUUCUCCCACAGACCCUGACAGCCCCUAUCAUGGGGCUCUCCUUGUACCAGGCAGGGGCGACACAAGAGACACUGGCAAGAGGGCAGACUUGAGUAAGGACAUGAAUUAUGCACAUGGUAAUUUUCAGAGCACUUUCUAUAUGACACAAAUUCACGAUUCACACACCAUCUCCACGUGCCACAAGGAGGCCUUCCUGACAGACCUGGGUGAAUUUGGUUUGGAUUGGCUUAAUUUAAACAAGAUAGGUGAGAGGAGGAGAGUUACCUUGAGAGACCCCACCCUACAGGGUAGGUCUUCACAUGUGCAGGGAGGAAUGUGAGUAUUUUGUUCAUUGCUGAUGAGAGAAGGGGUGAGAAUUGGGCCCUGGGUGCUGUUGAAGCUGCCUGUGACCCUCCUGGUGCCCCUGGCCUGGAGUUCUUUAUUGUCCAUCAAACACAUGACAGUGGAGCAGCCUUCUGAGACCCCAGCUGCCCAGGGUGGUCUCAGGGGUGUGGGUGGCCUCAAGGCCCUCUCCAUGUGCCGCCUUCACCUUUUGAUGAUGAUGUAACCUUCAACAAGUUGCUUAACUUCUCCAACCCUUAGUUUCCUUUCAUUUCAUGGUCUAAAUGGGGAUUGAAAACAAAAAAACAAAACUCAAAAAACCCAACCCUGGUUUAUCUACCCCACAGGGCGCUUUUGAAGGCCAUGUGAUGUAAUUCCAAUGAAAGUGCUUUGUAAAUUGCUGUGGAGAGUGCAGGACACUUAACCCCAGGCUGCCCCUUGGUGUCCCCUGUCCAGCCCUCUGCUCCUUUCCCAAUCACAGUCAGCACCCAGUAGGUUCUCUGGGUGUUUGCACUCAACAAAUCAAUUUCAGAAUCAAUAAAAGUGGAGUUAAUUUGGCAAACAUUUUCUGAAAUGCUGACAAUAUGCCUCAUGUACCAGGCUAGGUAUGGAAUACAAAGAUAAUGAAAACAGUCUCUCACAAGCUAAUUGGGGUCCUCAUUUGGCCAGGACUUUCUUUGGUCCCCUUGUAAGCCAACCAGUUUUGUCCAGACAAGACAAAAACAACUCUGGGUCGCUUUAGAGAAACCCAGCUUGGUGUGGACAAUAGCUGCCCCGAGUCUGAAAGGGGCUGAUUGGGUUAUGUGGCAAAUGGAGGUGGAAGGAUGGCUUAGAAGGUAACAAACGAAGUUGGGGGAGACCUGCUCUGAGUUAAUUCAGGCUAUUUAUUAGGAGGGAACCUUUUGUCUUCGGAGACUGGCAGGAGCCUUCCCCAGUGGUUUUUCCAUCCUCCAUGUUCAGGAUGUGUAACUCCUGGCUGGUGACCAUCCAGGGCCCCGUGAGAGUCCAGCGGGUUGGGAAGGUCUGCUCCCAGUGAGCAGCCCGAGCGAGUGCUAUGUCUCUCUUUGCGAUUGUCCGUUCGUUUGAUCCUCACAACUCCCUGUCCUGACCCAGGACCAGCCUGCACCACCCAGGGACACAGAGGCUGUCAAGUGGCUCCUCCGACCCAGCUCCCGGGUCCCCGUUGCCUAAGAGUCAACCGUAGACCUGAACCCAUCUCCAACAUGCGCCUCCAUCUUCGCCUCCUUCUUGCCCCGACUCUGCUCUCCUCGAAGCCUGGAGUUCCAGGUCUCUCCUGUCCCUUUCUGGCCACUCCAGUCUCUCUCUUUCCUCCGCAGCCCGGCUUCUCGAAAGGCCUGUCUCCACUGCUUUCCUCCCUCACCUCCAUCUCCUCUUCAACCCAUGCCUCCCGACCCGCUCUGCUCCGCCCAGCGGCUGCGGCCAGGCCACCACCUUCCUCAGAUGCCUCCUCCUGUGGGCCCAGCGUCCUGGAUCCCUGUGACCAGGGUCCUCGGUGCACCCAGACCCAUGCUCUGCCCAUUCCCGCCCCCAUGUCCCCAAGAGUCCAGGCUCAGCCCCUCCAGGCACCCUGCCGACCACUUGGUGUUGCUUUUGGGGUUGCCACUUUUUCCUGUCCCGACUCGUCCCACACGGCCACCUCGUACCACUGCAAAGCAGCCUGCAGCCGGCCUUUUCCACCAUGGCUGUGGCCUAGGCUGGUCAGGCUGAAGGACUUCAGACAGAAGGAACAGGAAGGUCCCCCAGGAGCCACCCACAAGACUUCUCCAGGCAUCUCUCGCCUCCUUCCAGGUUUGGCCAAAGCUACCACCACCAGGAAUCCUGUGGAGGACAGGACCGUGGACACCCUGCCUGCACCCCAGUGCCCCUCAGCUCUGAACCCAGCCACUGGGUCACCGGCGAGCAGGCCGCCCGUGCCCAGCUGUGGAGCCCGGGCCUUCACAGCCACGGGGACGCCCAACGCACGUUCCCACGGGACAGGCUGGACCCAAAGAUUCUGGACCGGGCCUCCCCUUGAGUAGAGAGGCGCCCUCUGACUGAAGGACUGCGCUGACCCGGGGGUCAGCCACCCAGCCCUGAACGCUGAGACUUGGGGGCACCAAGGACCCUCCACUGCCCGCCUCUGUGAAGUGGACUCGGACACCUGCCUCGCAUCACAGGGCUGCUUUGUGGCACUGGGACAUGGUUCCGAAGUGCCGGGUUGGGCUCGACAUCUCGUGCUCUCAAUAAAUGUUUCUUGUGUUAACCAAA